AUGGCUGACUCUUUUCCUUCCACAACCUCCCAGUUAUAUAAUGCUCUAAAGAUUAGUUCUGAAUAUAUUCUUCAGAGGUUGCCUAAAGCUGAAGUUUCAAUCAUAUUAGGAAGCGGAAUUACUGAAUUUUAUUUAAGAAUAGAAAACUUGCAAGGGAUUCCUUUCCACGACAUUCCUUAUCUUCCAGAUUAAUAUGGUGGUGAUGACGAAAUAUGUCCCUUUGGUAACCCAUCACUUUGGAUGUGAAAAUCGCUUUAUAACUUAAGCCAAGGCUCAGACCAUUUAAUCCUAACCCUUUGCAUGCCUUGAGCUGCUGUAUGGGGUGAUUAAAUAUUGGGAGUCAGCUGGUGGAGAUUCAAUCCAGGCAUUUUAUCUGGAUAGUUUUUGGGCAACGGGUUAUUUCCCUAUGUGGUUUUUUAUCCUGGGUGCCACCUCUACUCAAGAUGGUCGAAAGAAAGCAUCGGGCUAAACUCUGCAUUCAUAGUACUCGAACGAUGUGGAGCAAAAGAAGUCUUUCUAAUCCGUCGAGACUCAGGAAUAUUGGUGCAAGCCCCAGCUCCAGGAGUAGACCACUAUUGAGGCAGAGUUUAGGUAACUGAGUUUAUCAGGCAAGCAGGUUUCGGUGGUCACAAGCGUGCUAAAACAUCAAAUCUGGAAGACUUUAAGCUUUUAAGUUAAGCUAUCUUCCAGUCCCAACAGUAUCAGGCCACAAAGGGACUUUAUAUCAUGGCACAAUCCAUGGUAAACCUAUUUUUUGUUGGGGCGGGAGACUUCAUGGCUAUGAAGGGUACAGUAAUUUUCAGAUUUCUUAUAUAGCCCAUCUCAGUGCAUUUUUAGGCUGCAAUACUCUUAUUUUAACCAACGCUUCCGGUUGCUCAAUGCCAGGUGUCAAACCUGGAGAUAUUGUCUUAUUAAAAGACUAUAUAUAUCUUAUAAAUAUAAAUACACAAAUUAUUCAAUUAAUAAAUAGCCAUUAAAAAUAAGCCAAAAAAAUAGUAUAAAACAAUUUGGUCGAAAUCCUUUAGACACAGGUCUCCAUACUCUUUUCACUGAGCCACAUACAAGUUUUGCAUUUGACGAAGAUCUCAGAAAAUAUGCUAUCCAAAUAGCAAAACGAUUGCCAAAUAUAACAGUCCAUGAAGGAACCUAUUUUUGGGUCAGAGGCCCAUCAUUUGAAACUCCUUAUGAAGUAGAAAGUUACACAGCUUUAGGAGGAGAUCUAUUUGGGAUGAGCACUGUCCCAGAAAUUCUGGCUGGCCAAGCUCAUGGGAUGAGAGUAUUAACAGCUGCAGUCGUCACAAAUUUGGCAGCAGGACUUGUAAAGGACGAAAUAUUGACCCAUGAACUUGUAAAAGAGACUAUUGCAAAAGUGAAAAAUGAAAUUGAAGAAUAUUUCAUGCAAAUUUUGUCAGAAUUGCCACCGUUUGAAGGAACUAUUCAGACAGAAUGGACAAAUGAUGUAUUCUAAAGUAAAUUAAUGGGGAAAUAAUAAUUAAUUUAAAUAAGGGAAAUUAUUUUGGAUAUGGUAUUAGAAUAAUAUAAUACCUAGAGCACUAAACCAAGGAAGAAUUGAAAUUACUGAAGAACAGAUUAGAGCUGCAAUAAGAUGGCUUAGACAAGUUAAUGAAGGCAGACCUAGCCCUACUCUAGCUGUUGUUAUCAACAGUAAACAAAAAUUCCGCCUCUCCGAGCUCCGAAAAGUUUACUAUUCAGAAAUCCCUAAUUUCCCUCAAAUUUCAUAUGCAUCAAGACAAGGCUAUAUUCUUAUUGGAGAUUUAGCCUCCACAAACCUUAUUUUCCUCGUAAAUUCAGAUUAUGAAGGACUAGAAACUUAUGAGUCUUACUUUUUAAUAAAAACCUUAAUAGGCUUUGGAAUAUUGCUUGCAAAACCGUAAAAAUGUAAACAAUUUUUGCAAAAAUUAAAUGUAAUUUUUUCAAAUUUUUUUUAAAAAAAUCAUUUUUUUGCAUUUUUGUAAGCUCUCCGUUUUGGAAUUACCCAUUUGCAUUAUAUAUUCCCAGUACUAAAUCUUGAUAAAACCGGAAUUGUAGGAAUUGACGAUUAUUUUAGUUUGCAUAUCAAAGGUUGUGCAGAAGGGUCAAGAAAUGAUGCUGCCAGGAUUACUUCUAUAGGAGAUCAUAGUGUCAUGGUUUUUCCAGGGCCAACUUUACCAACUGCUGCUGAAUAUGAGAUGGCAAGAAGGCUGAAUUUUGAUUUAGUCUCUAUUUCGUCGACAUCUAUAUUGAGUGAAGCCAGCAAUAAUGGGCUGCCUCAUUCUGCAAGCUGCUAUAACUGCAACUUUAAGGAAGAUUUUUUAACAAAUUCUGAGGUUAUACAAGCUUUGAGCUUAAAUUUGUUUAAAAAUUCAAGAGAGCCACUAUUAUGAUUUCCAAGCCUAUAUCAUAAAGAGGAAUUAUCAGCAUUUAACCAUGUUUUAGAGUCUCCUCAAGACUUAGAAAUUAUUGCAGCAGAAAUAAAAUCAGAAUUUUCGCCUAUCGCGACCAUAAUAAUUUCAGACACCCUAGGAGAAAGCUUUUUGACCCAUUUCCAAGUCACAAAGUCUUACACUUUUGGCCCUUGGUUUCCUCAAACCUUGCAUUUUACCUCAGAAAACUUUAUGAUCAUUAAAGGAUCCCCUAUCCUUCGCCAUGGUGACAAACAUCAUAAAAUGCUUUUCCCCACAUUUUUAUCAAAUUUACUAAAAAUUUCCAAAAUAUUCAUAUUUGAAGAAGUCUCAACCUGCAGUGAACAUAUACUAAUUGACCAAGAAUAGCCCACUAAGGAGCCAUUCUUGGUCUGCCAGAAAAAAAAAUUUGACAAAAGAUCCUAAUCUGCCAUUACCACUGAGUUUUUGGUGUUUCCAAAUUUUUUGGGCAAGCCAAAUGCAAUAAAAAAAAAUUGUUCUUUUGCGAUGAUGCAUUUGGCUUGUCAAAAAAAUUUGGCAACAUCAAAACUCAGUGGUAAUGGCAGAAAAGAUCCUAAUCUGCCAUUACCACUGAGUUUUGGUGUUUCCAAAUUUUUUGGCAAGCCAAAUGCAUCACCGCAAAAGAACAAAUUUUUUUAUUGCAUUUGGCUUUGCCCAAGAAAUUUGGAAACACCAAAACUCAGUGGUAAUGGCAGAUUAGGAUCUUUUUGUCAAUUUUUUUCUGGCAGACCAAGAAUUGCUCCAUAGUGGGCUAUUCUUGGUCAAUUAGUAUAUCCAGCUAGGCAGCUGAAUAAGAAUUACUCAACAAUGUGGGCUUGCUUUCUUUAAUCCGCUAUUUGGUCCUAAUAUAAAUCAUUGGGGUGUUAGAUUCCCUGACAUGAGUGCUGCUUUUUCUUGGAAUUUUGACUGGAAAUCUGCAUUUUUGGCACAUGGGAUUAAUUGUGAGGAAGGAAAACUUGUAUAUACCUCAAGUGAAAGAGAAGCCCAUGGGAGAGCUCUAGCUAAGGUUGGAAAUGUAUUAGGUGCUGGGGUGUUAGGAAAAACAGGGCAAUAUUCAGCAAUUAUAACUCAGCAUAAGCAUGCUGAAGAAGAAGCGAGAAAAGUUUUGUAUCUUGGAUAUGCAAAUUAUGACCCAAUGAGAGACCAACAUGCAAGGCAGCCGUCCGAUGAGCAUUUUCUCGCAUUAAAAGAGCUAUUAUUAUCCUCAAUACCAAAAGUUAUCUAA